AUGACAGGGAGGAAAAAUGGACUGGUGGCACUUGUUAAAAAAAAACUGGAAGAGGAGGGUGUGGAAGAGGCCAUUACUCUGCACUGCAUUAUCCACCAGCAGGCCCUUUGCAGCAAAUGCCUGAAGUUUGACAAUGUGAUGUUUGACGUUGUGAAAUUCAUCAACCAUAUCAGAUCCAGGGGUUUAAAGCACCGGCAGUUUCGCGCUUUUUUGGAGGAAAUAGAUUCAGCAUAUGAGGACGUGCUCUACUUCACCGAGGUACGUUGGCUUAGUAGGGGGAAGGUAUUGAAGAGGUUUUUUGAGUUGAGAGCAGAAGUGAAAGCCUUCAUGGAGAAGGAUGGGAUGACUGUUCCUGUACUAAGUGAUCCCAAAUGGCUAAUGGACUUAGCUUUUCUGGUUGACAUCACACAGGAGCUGAAUGUACUUAAUAAGAAGUUACAAGGCCAGGGCCAGCUUGUAAGUGCUGCAUAUGACAAUGUCAGAGCAUUCUCCACAAAAAUUGUAUUAUGGAAAGCCCAGCUUUCCCAGACAAACCUCUGCCAUUUCCCAGCAUGCAAGGCACUCAUGGAUUCAGGCACAACAUUCAGUGGUGAGAAGUAUGCUGAUACCAUUGGAAAGCUACAGGAUGAAUUUGACAACAGGUUUGCAGACUUCAAGACACACAGAGCCACUUUUCAAAUUUUUGCUGACCCCUUCUCUUUCGAUGUGGAAGAUGCCCCCCCUGUGCUUCAGAUGGAGCUAAUUGACCUGCAGUGCAAUUCUGAACUCAAAGCCAAGUUCAGAGAGGUGAGUGGAAAAACAGACAAGCUUGGACAAUUUUUGAGAGAAUUGCCCCCCACCUUCCCUGAGCUUUCCAGGAUGUUUAAGCGGAUCAUGUGCCUUUUUGGCAGCACCUAUCUGUGUGAAAAGCUCUUCUCCACAAUGAACUUUAAUAAGUCAAAGUUCAGGUCCAAACUUAAAGAUGACCAUCUUAAAGCCAUACUGAGGGUCUCAGUUGCUUCCUCCCUCAAGCCAAAUGUGGAUCAGCUGUGUGAGAGGAAGCGCUGCCAAGUCUCUGGCAGCAAGGAGUAGGAGGAACUUCACCCAGAGUCUACCUCCAGCGGCCCCCAGGUAAGUUGAGUUUGAGACCCCUGCCUUAGAGCAUUUGUUGAGGACCCCACUAUAUUCAACCAAUGGGAUGAUGAGUGUGAGUAUGUCUUCCCACCUCUGGUGGUCUGUCCUGCGGUUGGACAGUGGA